CGGCCAAUCAGAGGGGCUGAUGGAGCAGCCAAUCCGGGGCCGGAAGGACCCUAUAUAAGGCAAGUAGCGGAGCAGAGAAGGUCAGUUCCUGCCUGGAGCGUGAUGAGGGAGGACCAGGAGCCUGGCUGGUUAUAUGAGUAGCAAGCCAGGGGCAGCUCAUCGGGCAGCACCAGCGAAGGCUGCCAAAGACCGGGCGCCUGGCUGGCUGGCUGGAUAGAACAGCAGCAGGACCAUGAAAAUGUCAGUGCGGGCAGGCCAAGCCCCGGGGGCUGAGCCCAGGACCUGGCCGGACCAGGCGAGGGUACCGAGAUGGGCUCUGCGGGUCUGGUUGCAGACUGAGCCCGGGGAGGGGUGCUGAAAAGGACACCAGCUGCGGGUGCCGAGACGGGCCCCGGCUGGGUGGUUGAAGAAGGCAGUGCUUCGGGGGAGAAGCCUCUGAGCUACAGCCCCAUACCAGGGCCGUGAUAAGAACUCGGGACUGUAUACCCCGGAAGUGGGGACAGCGUGUGCGGCUCAGCCGGAGGGCUGAGUGGCCGAAGACCAGCCGAGAGAACCAGCGGCCGGGGGGUGAUCGCGAGAGGUAGACGCCACCCUAAUGUAAGACCAAAAAAGAAAAGCAGGUCACACCUAACUGAGAGCAAGGGAGCCAGCCAUGAGAGCCCGUCUGUGAUCAAUCCCCUGGCUGGAGAUUUGGCUGCAUCACAGACCCCAGCGCCGAUCUCCUGCUUCCCCAUCACCAUGGAGGCUUCUCUUGCCGCCUGCAUCCUCGCUGCUCUCCUGGCGACAGGGUCCUGCCUGCAGUGUGAGGUUUGUGCAGGCCGGGGAACCAGCUGCACGGGCGCCAUGCAGACCUGCCCAGCUGGGCAGGAGUCCUGCGCCAUCGCUCGGACAGUAACCACAUUGGCGGGAGUGAACACCCAGAGCAUUCACAAGCACUGUGUGACAUCCAGCCAAUGUAAAGCCGGCCACAUCUCGAUGAAUUUUGGGAAGGGAAUGAGCACCAGGACGACCAUCGCCUGCUGCGUGGGAGACACCUGCAAAGCAACCAUUGUUAUAGUGCCCCCGGCCGACCCCAAACCCAAUGGCCGGAGCUGCCGGGGCUGCUACUCUCUGUCCUCUGAGCAAUGCCGUGAAGAGACCAUACGGUGCACUGGAUCCGAGACCCAGUGUCUUGACGCUGCUGGGACCAUAACAUCUGCAGGUGGAAACCCAGCGCGGAUGGUGAUGAAAGGCUGCGUUUCCCAGUCCAUCUGCGACCACCUACAAGUGGGUUCGGGGACCGUCGCAGGGAUCCGUGCAAAUCUAACCAUGGCCGAAUGCACAACGGUCUCUGCGGCGGGCGCGGCUCCAGGACCAGCCAGACUCCUCCUCUCAGCCCUCGCUGGGCUCCUCCUGCUGACGCUUCUCUCCUGAUUCCCACCCGGUGCAACGGCCCCACUGCACUGAAAUCCACCCUGCAGCCUGUGUUAGCCCCUCUCCCCGCCAGGGCUUCCUGGCUGGACUCACUUCCCCUGGAUAUUGUUGCACUGAAUAAAACACACU